AUGAAUCGAAUUUUUCAACCAUAUCUAGACCAGUUUGUGGUGAUUUUCAUUGAUGAUAUUCUUGUGUAUUCUCGUACUCUCGAAGACAAUGAAGAGCAUCUGCGGAUUGUGUUGUCUACUCUUCGAGAGAAGCAAUUGUAUGCCAAGUUCAGUAAGUGUGAAUUUUGGCUAUCCGAAGUAAGUUUCCUCGGUCAAGUCAUCUCAGGAGGAGGCGUGGCAGUAGAUCCUUCUAAAGUAGAAGCAGUGGUGAAUUGGGAUCGACCAAAGAGUGUGACUGAAGUCAGAAGCUUCCUAGGUUUGGAAGGUUAUUAUCGAAGAUUUAUUAUGGGGUUUGCUAAGCUAGCCUUACCAUUGACGAAGCUUACCCGUAAGGAAGUUGCUUUUGAAUGGAAUUCCGAAUGUGAGCAGAGUUUUCAGAAGCUUAAGAAGAAGUUGACUACUGCACCCGUGUUAGUGAUUCCAGACCCAAACCGAUCAUAUGAAGUGUUCUGUGAUGCUUCUAAGAAAGGAAAGGCUAAUAAAGUGGCAGAUGCCUUGAGUAGGAAGGAAUUUCGAGUUGCGGAGUUGAUGAUGUUAGAACAUGGAUUAUUGGAAAGGUUUUGGAAUCUUAACCUCCAGUUUGAAUGGACGCGCAAUGGCUUGUUGAUUAGUAACUUGAGCUUCCAGAAUGAACUACGAGAAAGAAUUCGGAUAUCACAAGAACGUGAUGAACAAUUGCAAGCGAGCAUAAGCAUGUUUGAUUUCGUUAGAGCACCUGAUGGAGUAAUCUUGUUUAAGCAAAGAAUGUGCAUACCAGAUGAUUCUGAGUUGAAGCGAAUGAAGAAGGAGAUCGCAGAGUAUGUAUCGCAAUGUUCCAUUUGUCAACAAGUUAAGAUUGAACAUCAGAGGCCAGGAGGAAUGUUACAACCACUGGAGAUACCAACGUGGAAAUGGGAUUCCAUCUCCAUGGAUUUCAUUGUGGGAUUACCUCGUACUCGAGGCGGGUAUGAUUCUAUAUGGGUAAUAGUGGACAGGUUGACUAAGUCUGCUCACUUUUUACCUGUAAAGACAACUCACAAGGUGAUUCAUCUUGCAAGGCUUUUCAUAGCGGAGAUUGUACGGUUGCAUGGUGUGCCAUCUAGUAUAGUGUCCGAUCGUGAUCCAAAGUUCACUUCGAGAUUUUGGAAGAUGUUUCAUAAGGAAUUAGGGACUAGACUAGAUAUGAGUACAUCUAACCAUCCUCAAUCCGAUGGACAGACGGAGAGGACAAUCCAGACGAUAGAAGAUAUGUUGAGAGCCUGCAUUUUAGAAGAAGGUGGGAGUUGGAAGGAUCAUUUGCCAUUGGUAGAGUUUGCAUAUAAUAACAGUUACCAUGCUAGUUUGGGUAUGGCUCCCUAUGAGGCUCUGUACGGGAGAAAAUCUCGAUCACCACUAUGUUGGGCCGAAGUAGGGGAGAAGAGUGAUCUUGGACCGGAGAUCAUACAAGAAACUACCGAUAAAGUCAAGAUGAUCCAGAAUAAUCUCAAGAAAGCCCAAGACCGACAAAAGAAUUAUGCGGACAAGCGCAGGAGACCUUUAGAAUUUGAAGUUGGUGAUCAUGUGUAUUUGAAGGUCACUCCAAGAUUGAGGUUGGGAGGACCGUUCAAAACGCGAAAGCUCAGUCCGAGGUAUGUGGGACCAUAUCAGAUUAUGAGCCGGGUAGGUGAAGUGGCUUAUCAGUUAGCAUUACCACCUUCACUAUCCGGGCUGCAUGACGUAUUCCACGUAUCUCAGCUCCGAAAGUUCGUGCCCGAUACUUUUCAUCCUAUUCUUCCGGAUCCUGUUGAAGUAGAACCAGAUCUUUCCUAUGAUCCUCAACCUUGCCGUAUCUUGGAGCGUGCUAGCAAGUCUCUACGGAGUAAGGAGAUACCUAUCGUGAAAGUGAUGUGGGAUGAGGCGCGUCCAGAGGAAGCUACGUGGGAGCUUGAGUCAGAGAUGCGGGAAUCCUAUCCUCACUUGUUUUGGUAA